CAGGAAUAUAGCGAUCCAUAAGCGCCUUACCUACAACACGCAAAAUAUGGCGAGGCGAAAAGUACGGUUAGCAUUUGCAUCAGUAAUGAUUAUAUUAUUGGUUGUAUACGGGUUCAUCAUUAAAUUUAAACAUAUAGCAGAGAUUGAUAUCAUGUCUAAGUUGCCUAUAUAUCAGAAGGAUAGGGAUACGUUCAACCAAAUAAAGAACGAUGAUGUGGUCAAUCGGGAACCAACAAUAACCCCUUCAAAGGAAAUAGUUACGCCGUUAUUAACAUCAGGCAGUGCACGGAAAAGUCGGAAAAAUCCUAAACAGUUGUUAUUCAGUUAUAUUCCGAAAGCUGGAAGUUCAGAAAUACAAACUAUAUUAAGUAUAGUAGUUGGAGGAGAAAUCGAGAUCUUUGGAGGGAGCGAAUAUAUUAGCCGAUACCAAGCUAACAAAACUACAUUUUUUAAGAAUAAUUUCUUUCUUCAAAAUGAAAGACAGCAACUGAAACCGGAUAUGAAAUCUUCCUUUUUCGUCGUAGGGCAUGUGCAAGCCCCGUGUAAUUAUCUACUUUCGUCUUGGACAUAUGGCUCAGAUGGGAAUGGCAAUGUGUACAAGAUGGCGAAGGAUAAGAGUGUGUAUGGGGUGACACCUCCUUAUAAUAACAAAGAAGACCUAGACAGACUCACCAUGUGGUUACAAGAUAAUAAAAACAUGUAUACCAAUAGGCUUACUUACAAAUAUUUCAAAACGGCCAAGUGGAAAACAGACAUGAAUUUGCGAAGCGCAGAUUGCUGGAUUCACACCGAAAUGUUGAUCUAUGACUUGGUGAAUUGCUUGAAACGAUAUGAAAAACAAGGGGGAAAUGUAAAAUGGGAAAACUUUCGGAAGAUAAAGACGAAGAUAGAGAAUCCUAGUAAUCAUUCACAGUGUGGGGACUACUUUGACGAUGAGAGAACGGCGUUGGUUAUGGAUUCCAAUAUGAAGAUGGCAAAGAUUUUUCGAUAUGAGAGCUGUUGUGUUGAAAGUAAUACAACAUUACCUGCAGGUUUUGAAGAGCUUUGGACCAAUCAUAAUUAAGAUAUAGAAGUCCAAAAACUUAUAUUGUGGAACAGAAGUUUCGAACGUUUUAUAAGACUCGUGGUAUCUUAAUUUACAGGGUGGUAACAAAAUGAAAACGCUAAUACCAUUUUCCUCAUAUCAUUGUCAUUUUAAAAGAUAACUCCCUGAUAUUUUACACUUUUGUACAUCAUUUAAUUUGCUACCAGCCUAUUUUAUUUCAUGACCAUCAGAUUGAUAGUCACAAUGUUGCAGUAAUUUAAAGAACAUGCCCAUUGGCAACUAUUGCGUUGUGGGGAAACCUGUACUCACCGUCUAAAAUGUCUCUACCUGUUCGAAUACGGCAAAUAUAGAGUGUGUGACAAUGACAUCAGGACAAUUGCAAACCUCAAAAGUGAGAUCAUUCGUGUCAUUCAGGCGAUACCUGCUGAGGACUGCAUUCGGGUAAUUGAUAACUGGGCUGUUUUGCCUACAGCGCGAUGACGGCCAAAUCUGAAGCAUGUUAUUUAAAGUGCUGUAAAAUUGUGACUAUCAGUCUGAUGGUCAUGAAAUAUGGUAGGGUGGUAGGAAAUAGAAUGAUGUACAAAUGUGUGAAUUUUUUUACUGUGACAAAUAUAUAAGGAAAAUGCAGGGUUUCCAUUUUUUGACCACCCUGUUUAUAUUAGGCUAAGUUCAGAAGAACAUCAUAUUGUUAUGUACAGCAGAGGUUUUGAACCCAUCGAACCCCCUACACAAUGUAAAUGUGACAUGUACAUUAUGAUUAUAUACUGUUAGUCGCCUAUAGCAGACACCUCUCAAUUUAUAUCGCAUAUAUUUCCGUACAGAUAAACAGUGAAAAUGCCAUGACAUUUCAGAAAUUACAUGUUUCAUAAAUAACUUACAAUUACUGAUCAAAUCCAACCGAAUUUGAAUUCUUAUUUUAAUGUUCAUCGGUUUUAAGAAAUGUAUUACAAUUCAUUGUAUCAGUACGUUACUGUUGAAUUUAAAAAGAAAUCAAGUGCAAAUAUUUUGAUGAAUAAAUUAUACAAUUGCAAACAUCUUGAAACAUUUACUCCAAAAUAUUGUUAGCUUCCCAUUGUAUUUGUAUUGUAAUGUGUUUUAUUGUAUUGUAUCGUAUUGUAUUGUAUUGUACAUUGGACAUAACCCCUAAGCUAUGUCACUCUCAUAUCCCAUCCAUUUUUAGGUCAGUGAAGCAUGCCAAAAUCUCAAAUAAUCCAGGCAUCUCCAGAGAUCGUUUUUCGAAGGCUUUGAUGUUUUUGCUUUCAUCUUUACUUGAAAAACCGUUUUUACGGUAACCAUGGUAACUAUAAGGCGUUGGUAACCUUGACAACCUGAUAUUUGAAGGAUAUCCACCUAUUGGUAGUUGGAUCUUUUUGGCAAAAAUAAUAUCUUCUACACAAAUUUUGUGCAUAAACGUGCAUCUAGUUGAGCUAGUCAUCUGAAAAUCUCAUGGAGUUGCUCCGUGAAGCCUAGUUUUGAUGUGCUAAAUAACAAGUCAGAUAUCAUGUAGAGAAACAAGUUAUGCAGUAUUAUGUGUCUGUUAAAGCUAAGGAGGGGAGAAUAUAUUUAUUGGACACCCUGUACAUGUAAAUGGAUAUCCCUGCCAUGUUAGGUAUGGCAAGUGAUUUUAGACGAUCAUAUAUUUCACCAUGAGUACUUCUGGCCAUAAAUACAAUGGAUUUUAUUAAAACAAUAUAUUUUCUUUCAAGUGAAGUCCCCACGAAAAUAAAAAUAUCAACCCAACUCUCUGAAGAAGAAGUAUGCACUAGGACCCUACUUCGACACUUUUUUAAGACGUUAGGCUUAUUUUCUAAAAAGGAUCUUGUUUUUCUCAAUUUAAACAUAUCCAAAAUUUCUUCUUCACUUUAUUAACAAUUCCUGAAAGGGGGUGGGGUUUGAA